UAGAAAAGAAGAAGAAGAAUGCGGCUUGGGAGGAAAUGAACAGUACUGUAAACAGGAAGUACUUUCAUUUUAUCCUAAAGUCCGAGUGGAAUGUUUUAAGGGCCUAAAAACAGCAGACCAAGUCUUAUUACUGUCCAAUAGGCAACGUCCUCCCACAAACUCAAUAGCCAGAAAGGAAGACAGCGGGAUUUGCGGUUGUUGACCUUGUACUAUUGGUCCCUGAGAUGACAUCACAGCAACCUCAAAUCCACGGUGGGGCUAUUCAUCACCAGGUUGCCCACAAUGACUCAGCUCAACAAGCCCAGCCUCAUAUUCAGCCUCAUUAUCUUGACUCAAAUCCGAGCGGCGCCAUCGCUGGCCGUCUGGACAACAGAGCUCUCGCGCGCCGUCCGGGAUGCUCCAGUUUGGCAACAACGAGCGGCGUUCCGGCCUGUCUUGUAAACUCCAGCAUAUCCAAAGGAUUGAGGAGUUUCGAGCCCUGGCCUGAAGAGGCGGUGGACAAGUCACAUGGGUUGAACUCGCUCCACCGCAUGUUCGAUAUAGUCGGAGCGCAGCUCACUCACCGGGACGUUAGAGUACUGUCGUUUUUGUUCGUUGAUGUGAUUGACGAAUAUGAGCGCGGUGGCAUCAGGAGUGGAAGGGAUUUCUUGCUGGCGCUGGAGCGUCAAGGUCGCUGUGACGAGACCAACUUUCAACAUGUGCUCCAGCUUCUGAGAAUUAUCACUCGUCACGACCUUUUGCCUUACGUCACACUGAAGAAACGCCAGCCCGUGUGCCCAGAUCCUGUUGACAAGUACCUGGAAGAGACGUCAGUGCGCUACAUUUCACCUAGAGGAGCCAUAAAGGGCAGGGACUGUGUGCCUCACAGAAUGACAGGACCCUAUGUUGGCCCAUCCCGAAUGAAAGCAGCUCCUGUGCCGAACGGCUUGUGGAAGAGAAGCCAUUCCUCAGCUGACUUCAGAGAAAAGCAAACUUGUGAUAUCCGUCUGCGUGUCCGUGCUGAAUAUUGCCAGCACGACUCCGCCCUUCAGGGCAACAUCUUUUCCAACAAGCAAGAGGUUGUGGAGCGACAGUUUGAACGCUUCAACCAGGCCAACACCAUCCUCAAAUCCCGAGACUUGGGCUCCAUCAUCUGUGACAUCAAGUUCUCUGAGCUCACUUACUUGGAUGCUUUCUGGAGAGACUAUAUCAAUGGCUCGUUGUUAGAGGCCCUGAAAGGAGUUUUCAUCACAGAUUCUCUUAAGCAGGCAGUGGGCCACGAGGCUAUAAAACUAUUGGUCAAUGUCGAUGAGGAGGAUUACCAGGCGGGGCGUCGCAGACUUCUUUGUAAUUUGGUGACGAGUGGCGAUCCUCCCGGAGGUAUCAAAGACUGCGUGUCUUAGACGUGAGCGCAAGCAAACAGAAGGAAUACAACUGUGCCUCCCCGUGGGGAAUUGAAAAAGAUGUGAGGAUGUUGCACAUGUGGUACCCAUGUCUGGAAUGUGUGUAUGUGUCUGGAAUUCCAGCAAUCCCACUGAUUCGUUUAGCGCAAUGGUCGGAGGAUAGUUGGUAGCCCCAACGUAUAGCAUGCAAGGGGUUUGGGGACUGCCAGUGAAAAGAAGUAGGUAACGCAUACAGUUUUACAUUCAUUUGAAUAUGAAUCUAUUCAUUUUCUUGAAGGGAGAACAUGUAUUUUGUCUUAUUUACGCUGAUUUUGAUAAAGAAAAUCCUCAGUGGUGUCAAGUUACUCCUAGUGGGGGAUGUACCGAUGUUUUUUUUGUUUUUUUUCCCCCAGAUAAUUUAUUUUUUCAGGUCAGAUUGGUUGUAUUAACCCAUUUAGAAAAUGUUAAGUAUGUUCUGUAAAACAGCAACUUAAGUAGGCUCACAGUUAGUGUUUUUAUGUUUGUGUUUUCCACCUGUAUGUCUAAGACCAUUUUGUACUAACAUGACUGAUUAUUGCAAAGAUAUUUCAUAUUUAGUUUCAACUGAAGUUGGAGGAUGUUUCCUUAAUGUUUCAUAUACUAUUUUUACCACCAAAUCACCAAGUUGUUUUAAAUAUUAUUUGUCAUGAGAACAAUAUAUGGUGGAAGUGAACAUGGUUGCCAUUAAAAUCAUUGGGAUUUUGACAAUGACUUACAGUCACUGGAAAAAGGAAGUACACUUUUCAGUUCGAGAAUUACAUAUCAGGAUGUUAUGGGGGGAAAUGUGCUCCUUAUCUGGUUUUAAAUGGGACAUAUUAUGGAAAAAGGACUUUUUAAUUGCUUGUAUUCAAAUUAAUGGGUCCUUGGAGACCCUAUGUCACCCAUCAAGUAUAAAAAUUACACAACCA